AACGGUUCUGCUCAACUUUGGCAAUCCGGUUAGACUUGAAUUGCUUCAAGCUAAGCUCUAAUAUUGCAUUACAAUACACCGCAAAGCGCAGUAAUAACAAUUAGGCCACUCAGCCUAAGCACUUGCUACUUUGCCUUUCUAAUCUGUGUUUGAAGUCCCAGUGACUUACUGCCUCUUAUCUGGAAUGUACAAUCCGAGGUGCAAAGACCUUGACCGGGACUAUUUUCCCAGCUAUCAUACGACCAGGUUUCAGGACCAGCCGGAACCGAAUUUGGCUGUGCUGGAGCACUUUGUUCGGGUGACCAAGCAGCAUGGCAGGGAACUGACCGAGAAGCAGGGUAUCUCUGUGGACCACUUGCGCUACGGAGAAGGUCGUCAGUUGGUGGAUGUGUUCUACAACGAAAAGACCACCAACCAGGCGCCGCUGUUCGUCUUCGUGCACGGCGGCUACUGGCAGGAGAUGGACAUGAGCAUGUCCUGCUCGAUUGUGGGUCCCCUGGUGCGGCGUGGAUACCGAGUGGCCGUCAUGGACUACAACCUGUGCCCGCAGGUCACGCUCGAGGAGCUGAUGACCCAGUUCACCCAUUUCCUCAACUGGAUCUUUGACUACACCGAAAUGACCAAAGUGUCGGCGGUCACCUUCGCCGGACACUCGGCCGGUGCCCACUUGCUGGCCCAGAUACUCAUGCGCCAAAAUGUGAUUACAGCCCAGCGGAGCAAGAUGGUGUGGGCUUUGGUCUUCCUCUGCGGCGUUUACGAUCUGAGGGAGCUCGCCAACCUAGAAUCGGUGAAUCCCAAAAAUAUUCUGGGCCUCAACGAGCGGAAUAUCGAGUCCGUGUCGCCCAUGCUGUGGGAAUAUACCGAUGUGACCGUUUGGAACUCCACCAAGAUCUACGUGGUGGCCGCCGAGCAUGACAGCCCCACCUUCAUCGAGCAAAGUCGCCACUACGCUGAUGUGCUGAGAAAGAAGGGCUACAAGGCGAGCUUCUCGCUCUUCAAAGGAUACGACCACUUCGACAUCAUCGAGGAGACGGCCAUCGACGAUUCAGAUGUAUCCCGCUUUCUGCGCAACAUUGAAAUUGAAUAAACUAGGCGCAGAUUCGCUUUGCGUCAUCGUUUCUCA